CAUCACUAUAAUCCGCCCUUCCAGCGUUAUAAAGCCGAGUGAAUUUUCUUCCUGUCGGUUGGAGUCAGGAGACCGUCGCCGCUUCGCUAGAAUUUCGGCAAUAGCGGAAAAAGCCUAACAUGGGAACCCGAGAUGAUGAGUAUGAUUAUUUAUUUAAAGUGGUACUUAUUGGAGACUCCGGAGUGGGGAAAAGUAACCUCCUGUCCCGUUUCACACGCAAUGAGUUCAACCUGGAAAGCAAGAGCACCAUCGGUGUGGAGUUCGCUACUCGAAGCAUCCAAGUGGAUGGCAAAACCAUAAAAGCUCAGAUUUGGGACACAGCAGGACAGGAGCGCUACAGAGCAAUCACAUCAGCGUACUACAGGGGUGCAGUAGGAGCUCUUUUGGUGUAUGACAUUGCCAAGCACCUGACCUAUGAGAACGUAGAGCGCUGGCUGAAGGAGCUGCGUGAUCAUGCAGACAACAACAUCGUCAUCAUGUUAGUGGGCAACAAAAGUGACCUGAGGCAUCUCCGAGCCGUACCCACUGACGAGGCCCGGGCUUUCGCAGAAAAGAACAACCUGUCUUUCAUUGAGACUUCAGCUUUGGACUCCACAAAUGUUGAAGAGGCUUUUAAAAAUAUACUCACAGAAAUCUACCGUAUUGUAUCACAAAAGCAGAUCGCAGACAGGUCUGCGCAUGACGAGUCUCCCGGCAACAAUGUGGUGGACAUCAGUGUUCCCCCAACCACUGAUGGGCUGAAAGGCAGCAAAUUCCAGUGCUGCCAGAACCUGUGACCCCGCUCUUUCCUCACUCCAUGCUGCUUCUUCCUCUGUUCCUCUCACACUCAUCGCUUCUUUGCUGUGUAUUGUGCAACCGCUGCUGCUCUAGCUCCAUCUACUCAUGUCGAGUCUAGAAUUCUCCCCAGUCCUGUGAAGUUCUAGAUAACAUUCCUAUUUUUUCCUUUUUUGUCCUCAUUUGAUUUUUUUGUUUUUGUUUGUUUGUUUGUAUAAGACUUUUGUGUGUUUUCCUCUUUCUUUCAGUUAUCACAUCUGAAUUCAUGCUACUUAAUGAAUUAAUUUUUGGAAGUGAUUCUGUUUGGGCACUGAUCGUGUGACCCACUCCUAAGGAAAAGGAUGGUGAGGGAUCAGUGUGUCCUGAGCUUCCAGCCACUCUGAGGAGUUUCCGCUCGGAGAUUCCCGACACUAAGCAAGGCUGCUGUACAGCCGGUCCCGGAAAGGGAUCCCUGCUAGUUUAACUUUUGGCUGAGAAUCGGCAUGGGGCACGAAACAUUGUCUGGAUCGUAUAGAAACCAAAGGGAGACUGCAAUCAUUUCAGUUGUGAAUAAAUAAGGUGAACAUUUCAGACUGCACAGUCAAUAAAUGAUUCUGCACUAUUUAGAGCAGCACUGGGUGACACUCCCGAGUGAGUUCAUGUAAUGAUUCUGUAUUGCGUUCAGGGCACCAGUUACAGCAGUCAUGUGAAUGCAUAGGUUUCCUGUUAAUCAUUUAUAUACAUAUAUAAAGAUUAAAAUAAAAAUGACAGUUAUCCCAGCCCAGGCUUUGCACUGUUAAGUUAUAGGAGCUGUUAACCGAGAGGGUGUGCAUGAGGUUUCACUGUUCAAGCUGGUUGGCUGUCUGUCAUCUCGUAUCUGAACAUGCAUCACUCUGUUAUUGGAUUUUUGUUUGAACUUAAAUAACAUUUGUGUGGUUAGUUUGGAAAUGCCUUAUGUUUUCCCAUGCUGUGAUUAAAAAAAUGCCUUUAUUAAAGUGUGGUUCUAUGACAUUCACAUAUCCAUGAAGUCACAUCAGCUGUUUUGCCUUUUAUCGAGUUAUAUUGGGAUGGAAAAUAAACCAAAUUACUAUCACA